AUGAUGAAUCGACAAUUCCUUCUUGUCUUCGUCGCAAUCUGCGUGCUCUCCCAAAAUGCAUCGGCUCUGCGUGGUGCCCUUUUCCGUUCUGGACGUAGCCUCCUUCACCGUCAAAACCUUAAUCAGGAGGCAGUCGCCCAUCAGACUCAUCUGAUCCAAUCCGAGAAGCGCUCUCCGAUCGUGGAGCUCUACCCUGUCGUUGACUCCGGCAAUGUUGAACCAGAAGCCUUCCCGUCCUACUUCCGAUUCUGA